AUGCAGGUUAUUUUUUCUUCAAUUUUAGAAUUAGACGAAUCUAACUUAACUGUCCAUCUGAAAACAUUGUUAUGCUCGAAUUCCACUUUGGGUGAAGUUAUUACCAAUGGUGGUGGUAAUAUGAUUCAUUUAACAGCAUUACGUAUUCUCCCGUAUUUACGUAAAGGUCAAGAAGAAUUACGAACACGUCUUCUUUUAGAAGUGAUAUUCAAUAGUCGACAAAUUCAAUUCAAUAAUUUCAAUGAUAUGCUUUCCGUUGAUUAUGUUUUACAACGUUUACAUCAAAUUAAAGAAUUGUAUUACUAUGAAUUAGUGCAUGAGGCUACAACAACAUCAACUUCCAAUGCUCAAAAUGACAAUGUCAUCGAUCAUAAUUAUAAUAAUAAAAAAAGUCGAUUGAAUUUACCAUCAAUUGCUGAAGAUACUAAGCUGCUUCCAGUAGAAAUAAAUGAUUCAUCAAAAUAUCAAUCUAUUUUCCGAUUGAAUCCUUAUACUACUUCUAAACCAAGAUCAAUGAGUGAUCGAUUAAUAUGCAAAGAAUGGGCAUAUCUACCAUUGAUUCAUACAUUUUUAUUAUCAAAAUCUAAAAAAAUUAAUAAUGAAGAAAAUGAAACUUAUCGUCAAUUCAUUUUAGAUCGAUCAUUGAAUUGUUUAAUAUGGAUAAAUUAUCUUCAAAAAAUUGCAAGCUUAUACAAUUCUACAGAUUAUUAUAAUUUUGGUUUUAUGCAUCCAAUUGAAUCGAUUAUUCGAUUAACUAUCGGUUCUAUAUCAUAUCCUGGUGCUGGUGGUUUAGGCUUUGAACCUACUGGUCAAUUAUUAGCUGAAAUUUUAUAUUCUAUUGGUCCAAUUAGAACAUUGUUACCAUUCAAUCAUCAUCAUCAUGAUCAAGGCAUAAACACUGCACCACUGGAAGUUGUUCAUCUUCCAGCUAAUUGUCCAUCAUAUUAUGAUUUAUAUAUUGACCUGGUAAAUCAUUACAAUGCAUUAUCGUAUAAUUCUCCAGUAUUUGCCAAUUUAGUACUUUGGCCUUGUCAACAAUUAUGUCAUGUGAAAUAUAGACGUGCAUUAUGGGGUGAACAUCAACAGGCAUUGAAUUCACUUCGUAUUGGUUUAAGUCAGCUUAUUAUACCAUUGUCUAGUUUCCUUGAACCAACAGAAUCCAAUUCAUCCAUGAUACGUGUAUAUGCAGCUGCAAUUCUAUCUGGUACAGUGCAAAUAACUCGUCAACCAUUAUUAUUCCUCAUAGCUGUACAUCAUUUAAAUCGAUAUUUAUAUAAUAAAGAGAAUUCAACUAGUGAAUUUACUCAACAAUUUGUACGUUUAUGUAAACUAUUACUAUUAUCAUCAUCAUCACCAUCACAAUCACCACCUCAAAUGAAAACUAUGCAAUCAGUGCAUCCACCAACUAUUGGCAAUAAAACUGAUCUAUUGAAUUUAUUGCGUUUUUAUAAACAACCUAAUCAACUAUGGUUCUCAUCAUCAUUAUCAGCAGCAGCAACAGCGUCAUCAUCAUCACCAGCACAGAAUUCGAUCAAAUUGAAUACAAAUUUACAUGUCGGUAUACAAGAUGCAUUAGUUCAUUCAACAAUAGUAGUCAAUAAUAAUAGUAAUAGCAGCAAUGUUACUGAUGAAAGCUAUUUGGAUGUAACUUGUGCAACAACAUUUAAUGAAGCUUUAUACAAAGCUGGCAUUGAAUGUUACACUAUGGAUACAUUGCCUAAACAUCGUCAACUUUAUUGGAAUGAAUUAUUUGAUCAAGAGAUGAAAGGUUAAUUCAUUUUAACGCUAAAAAGAAGAAAAUACACAACCACCACCAUCAUCAACACAGAUUAUGAUGCAUUUAAAGUUUAUUUGUUUAAUUAUUUUUCUGUUUUGUUUUAAAAACAAACUCACUAUCUUCUUUUUUUCUAUACAAAACAAUGAAUGAACAAGUGUAAUAUGAUAUAUAUAUUGAUCAUCAUCAUCACCAGAG